AUGAGUAAGAAUGCUGAAAGUCAGGCAAGUGCUUUUAAAAAGUCCACCUUGUCAGUUGAACUGGCUCACGAGAUGGAUCGCCAACAGAGUCGAAGUCCAUUAAAAAAUACGUGCAUGACUGCUGGGAGAGGUUCUCAGAACAGCCACGGCUUUGCCAACUUUGAAAAGAAAACCAGUCCUCCUUUUCCUGGAUUAAUGCCAUCCCUGGCUCCAGUAUGGCCAAAUUGCCCUUUAUUUCCACACCGGAUUGAUGUGCCUUUAGUGGAUCCCUGCUCAGGUUUUGUGAGUGCAGGAGCAGAUGCUGCCCUCCAGCCCAAUGUUGGAAGAGCUAUUGAAUCCCUGGUGGACUACAGCGAUGUGAAACCUCACCAGCGGGUCCCCAUCACAGGAAAGAGAGGCCCGAAAGCCCACAGGAAGCAGAUGAUCCUCCUGGAGGAAACCAACCAGAACAGAAGGUGGAACUCCAGGGCUGUGCCAGAUGCUUCUGUUAGGGCACAAGUCAGAGCUUGGAGAACUCCAAUGGCAGUUGCUCCCACUUCACCUGACCAAAACCAUGGUUUUGCAUUUUAUAUGGACCCCAAUCUCAAGGAAUUAAGCGAUUCUUCUGCAAGAUUGAGAGAAGAAAAAGCAAGGGACUAUUUGUACAAGUCAAGUACGCAAAAAGCUUAUGAAGAAGUUCCUUGGGAUAAUUUGUUACCUCCCAAAAUCCAGCCUCCGAAAUCAACAGUGGAGGAGUUAGCUGAUCCUGUUUCCCAGUGUUUCACAAAAAGGAGAUACAAUCCAGAACCUGAAAUAAGCCAAGUUGUUGGAGGCUUCUGGGACAGAUUUCAAAGAAGAUCAUUUUUCUCUCCAAAGAGGCCUGUUAAUUUUGUAAGCCGCAGCCCUCGAACCUGUCAAAUCCCAUUGUAUACUGGCUGCAUUGGUGCAGUAAAUUUUGAAGACAUUGACAAUCCUGAUGAAGACUUAAUCCUCCUUCACCAUGUGCGAACUUUAAAGCCUCGCUACACAAGCACUGCACACACUCCAAAUAUCCAUGGAUACACUGGCAAGGUUCAUUGGUCAGCAACCCACCCGGCAAAUUCUAAUCUUCCAUCAACAAACCCAUCAAUAAUUGCACGAGUGCAUGGAUGCAUAGCAAAACACGGAAGCUUGUCUCAGUAUAAUGACCAAAGACCUUUUUCUCAAGUGGUGACUCCAGUUGGUCAUCAGAAUUCUUUCAACAAGAGAGAACGAGGAACUAUUACAGUUUAG